CGUCAAACCUGUAACCACGAAAAUCGGAAUAAAAGUUUUUUCUCUUUUUUAUUUUUGUAUUAUUCAUAUUGAAAUGUCAUCAGAAUUCUGCGAUGUGUUUCCGUAAAUCGUGAGUCUGGUCUUACGAUAGAAGUAAAUGGAAAGUUGUCAAAUGCAGCGUAACGCAAUCAUCGUAUUUCGAGGAUGGACAAAUUGCGAUUAUUGCCAUUGGAAUUGCCAUCAACCACCAAUAUAAAUAAUAAUGGAACAAUUAAAGGAAAAAUAUCAUUUGUUCGAAGAUUAGCAGUAGGAUUUGUAAUCUUGGCUACAUUAGGUUUAUUGUAUGUACCCGCAUACCAUUCUGCCCAAGGUCCAUUUUUAGGCUUAGGUGAGACCCCAUCUCCUGCAAAGCAUAUUGGUGUUUCACAUUUGGUAGCCUCAGUAGCACAGUUGCCAGGAUGGACAUAUAAUACUUCAAGAGAUCUUUCUGUAUAUAUUCAUCCAGAAAAUACAACUUCAGUUUUAAAUCCUGUUGGUAUAUGUUCUCCAUUGCCAUAUCUUUUCAUAGUUAUUUGUUCAGCUGUUACGAAUAUCAAAGCUCGAACAGCUAUAAGAAAUACAUGGGCUAAUAAAAGUAAUUUAGAUAGUACAUACAACUCAACUGUAAAGAUAGUAUUUCUUCUGGGACAAAGUGAUAACGAUACACUUAAUAAUAUAAUAGCCAGUGAAAGUCAUCAACACAAUGAUAUUAUUCAGGAAAAAUUUUAUGAUACAUAUAAUAAUUUAACAUUGAAGUCUGUAAUGAUGUUGAAAUGGGUAACAUCAAAUUGUGGUCAAGCAAAAUAUGUUAUGAAAACAGAUGAUGACAUGUUUGUAAAUAUUCCUACCUUGAUGAAAACUUUACAAUCAAGAUCACAAACUACAGAUACAUUAUUAGGUUCUCUCAUUUGUAAUGCCAAACCUAUUUUGGAUCCAAAUAAUAAAUGGUAUACACCAAAAUAUAUGUAUUCAGAGAAAAUAUAUCCUAAUUAUUUAUCUGGUACGGGAUAUGUAAUGAGUUUAGAUGUUGCAUUUAAAUUGUAUGAUGCAGCAUUAACAACACCAUUACUUCACUUGGAAGAUGUGUAUAUUACCGGUCUUUGUGCAAAACAUGCAAAAAUACGACCUGUAAAUCAUCCUGGUUUUAGUUAUAUUCCACGUAAAUUGGAUCCUUGUACAUUAAGAAAUGCUAUUACAGCACACAAAGUAAGUGUGUCUAAUAUGUAUGUAAUAUGGGGUAAAUUGAAAGAUACAAAUUUCUUUUGCAAUAGUCAUUCUCAUACUGAUAAGAAAUCAGAUAAGCAGAAAUUAAGCAGAAAUGGUAGAAAUAUUGGAUACUAUAUGGUGAAAAGAAGAACUAUCAAUAAAUGUGUUUAA